AUGAAAAAAGGGUUCUACGAGUUGGCGGCAGAACCGAUCAAGCUCCAUCGAUUUCAUACCAAGCGAAGCAUCCAGGCGUUUCGUGAACCGCUGGAAGUAUUCUCGGUUAACGGUAUCAACUUUGUGGGAGCUAGUCGUCAGUUGACAGAAGAUAUCCAGCGAACCAAGGCCAUUAACGACGAUUGUGCGGCCACGUUCACCAACGCCCGUACGCAGUGGCACUUCAACGUUCCUUCAGCCCCGCAUAUGGGAGGUCCGUGGGAGCGAAUGAUGAAGUCCGUAAAAGUAGCAAUGGCAGCAAUAUCCGACAGUACGCAUCAUCCGAAUGACGAGGUGUUCGAAACCAUAAUGCUGGAAGCAGAGGGGAUCGUAAACAGUCGUCCUCUGACCUACGUACCUUAG